AUGGAAGGAUCCGACACCACAACCCCCGUAGUGCCUCUCGGCCGCAGUGGGAGGUACGGUCGCUGCGGGUCGUGUACGUGUCCGUGUACAUGCGGCGGUGUGUUCGCCCGCUGGUGCCAGGGACCAUUCUGGUGGACCAAAUGGCUGCGGACGCGGCUCGGCAACGACGUCAGCACCAAGACGGCGGGCGCGCUUGUCGCCCUGCUGACGUUCUUCCUGGUGGGUUUCGGGGCGGCCACCGUCUUCCUUAAUUUGGAGUGCACGCGGUCUAACCCCCUGGAGAUCCUUUACACCUCGGUGGUGGCAGCGGGUCUGGUCAGUACACUUAUGCUGUUAUGGGCCGCGCUGCGAGACCCUUACUAUAAUGCCAUGGUAGAAGAAACAGAAGAAGAGGUGAAAGAGGACCGCGUGAAGUCCGUCGCGACGUUCGUCGUGCUCGUGUUGCUGGGUGUCGCCUGCGUCGUCGUGGACAUCUCCGCCAUGUACGUGUCGGGCUCCUGUGGGUAUCUGAAGGACUGGAUCCUGCCCUCAGGUCUCCACACAAGCACGGCGUUUCACGCGGUGAGGCUGGUUUUUGUGGUGGCGCAGGUCUGCUCGGUCGGGUGGCUGCACGCGACGCGGAAGUGGGCCAAGCAGACCGUCGGCGCCGCUUCCCUCACGGCGCUAAUCGUCAUGGCGGACGCGGCGUCCUGGCUGUACCAAGUGUCCGAGAGCACCGACGUCAUCUGCAACACCUCCAGCUGUUGGAGCGCCGUCGCCCCGACAACCAGCGAGCCAGUCGUAGACCGACGACGGCCGCGGGACUUUCACGGGAAAGCAGCAGUGGUUUGGUUUGCUCUUCUUGUCGUCAUGUGUGUCUUCUCGGUGGCGCUCUUCAUAGUCACGCAACAAGCCCUGCCACCGGCCGCCGAGACUACAACAGCGCCGAGAUGGCAGACGACGACACCGAGAUGGCAGACGACGACACCGAGAUGGCAGACGACGACACCUCCAACUACAGCCGCGCCAAAAUACGCGGACUAUCAAGCCGUCCUUACCUACCAAGGGUUCAAAGUCGCGUACGUUUUCAUCUUCGCCCUGACAGCGCUUUCGGCUGAGGCCAGGAGCAGCUCCGCCGGCCGGCUGGACUACAGGCCACACGCUGCCGACAUCGCGCUACUGGUCCUCGGCGCGAUCGGCACGUCUGCCUUCCACUUGCUGUCGUUCUUCGCGCUCGCGAGAUCGGAAAGCGUAACAGGCGAGGACCUGGGGAACUCCGGCUGCCACCUGUCCGUGCCUCCAGAAGCCAGCACUUUCAUCCAUCUUCGCGCCCUUCUAGGCUUGGACGCGUCGCUGAGCACCCUUCUCAUCAUCUUCCAAACCACGUUCCUCCUCACCGCCCUGUGCAAAGCGCAGGACGGCGGAUCGCUGAACACCCGCUACAACUUGCUCGCGCUGUUCAACCUCUGCCUCUGGAUCAACGGCAGUUUCUUCGAGGUUCAGUCCGAGCCCACGACCACCUGCUGGACGAGCCCCGUGCAGCGCGUGGCCAUCGUCGGCUACUGGAACAAGCUGGUGCACCUGUUCUACCCGCUCUGCAUGCUGUACUGGCUGCUGUCGCUGGUCGCUACUCUAACCCUCCGGCUCAGGAGCGCCGUGCUGAGCCCACACCACGAGGCUGGCCGCCGGGUUCAACCAGGGACAAUCCAGCCGGCACAACGUCGACUCGAACCUCUCACGAACAGCACCACAGAUGCCAUUUUAAACUAA